AUGGCGUUGUGGGACGGUAGUGGUGGCGGUGGAGCCUUUCCCGCCGCGGCGGUCUCGGCCGUGCUGGUGGCUGCGGCCGUGGCGGCGCUGCUGGGCGCCGGGGUGGCGGCCAGCAAGUUCGACGACGUGGUGCAGCCCAGCUGGGGCAACGACCGCAUGGUGUACGACGGCGACCUCCUCAAGCUCCGCCUCGACGCCAACUCCGGCGGCGGCUUCGUGUCCAGGAGCAAGAUCCUGUACGGCAAGGCCAGCGCCGACCUCAAGCUCGUGCCGGGGGACUCCGCCGGCGUCGUCGCCGCUUUCUAUGUGAGUGCAUAUUCGCAGGCACCGCAUAUUCGCAUUGCUUUGCUUCCCUUGCAUUCCUCCAUCAUGUUGUGCUACUGA